UUUCCAGCUUUGUAUCUUAUUGUUUGCUAAUGGCUUCAUCUGAUUAUGGCAUGCUGAGGUUGGAGGGCAAGGUGGCGAUCAUCACUGGAGCAGCGAGUGGGAUAGGAGAAGCCACGGCCAGGCUCUUUGCCGCUCACGGCGCGACCGUUGUCAUUGCCGACGUGCAGGACCAGCUCGGUGAGGCAGUCGCUGCUUCCAUCGGCCUUCAAAAGGCCAGCUUCAAGCACUGUGAUGUCACUGAUGAAAAGCAGAUGGAGGAAACAGUAGAUUACACAGUGGUGAAGUACGGGCGUUUAGACAUCAUGCAUAGCAACGCAGGCGUACUCGGACCAAUUGAAGGUGUUAUGGACAUGGACCUGACCCAACUGGACAAGACGCUGGCCGUGCACGUCCGUGGCACCGCAGCCGCGAUAAAGCACGCGGCGCGUGCCAUGCGAGCGAGCGGCACUCGCGGGUCCAUCAUCUGCACAGCAAGCGUCGCGGCAAGACAAGGCAGUCUCGGUCCAGCAGCGUACACUGUGUCAAAACACGCUGUGAUCGGGCUUAUGCGCGCGGCUGUGUCAGAGCUCGGGGCGCACGGGAUUCGCAUCAACUGCAUCUCGCCCUUCGGCGUGGCGACUCCGUUGUCGUGUUUGGUCACUGGGAUGACGCCUGAGCAGGUUGAAGAUGUUUGCUGUGAGAUGGGUGUUCUUAAAGGUGUGGUUUUGAGGGCUGGGAAUGUUGCGCAGGCUGCGCUCUUCUUGGCCUCGGAUGCGUCGGAGUACAUUAGUGGUCAUGAUUUGGUUAUCGAUGGAGGAGUCACUGUGGUCACGCGUCACAAUGUUCGGGCAAAUGAGUGAUGCUUUGAGACUCUUUUUUUUUUUUAAAAAUUAAUUGUUUAAUGGGUAAUGAAGGUUUUAUGUUUGGUGUUUACUUGUUUGCAUUAUUGUUUUGCCAUGCUGGCGUCUUUCAUCUUUGAUUUUUUUUUUUUAAGAAUUGGAUCAUCA